AUGUCAUCGAUGCAGAUUAACGACACCACCAAUGGUGGUGAGGAAAACAAUCUAAUGACGAUUGAAGAAAUGAAAGCACGUUAUUCUCAAGCUGACUUUGAAGCUGCCAUGUUUACCCCAGACUAUGUCAAGUAUUACCCUCCAUUACUCCUGUUCUCCCCUAUACCUACUGACAAGAUAUUCCUAACCAUAUUCAGGCACCGGAAUGAGGAAAUUAAGAUGCUAGAAAACUGUCGCGACAGCAAAGUCGUCUAA